AUGCCUAACAGCAUUUGUCGCCUGCCGCCACCACAUCUGCGCGGCUGCGCCCUCUCCAUUGCUUCCCGCACCAGUUUUGCAGAUUUCAGAGUGUCGUCGGCAGCUCCCUUUGCAAUAACCGUUGUUGACCGUGUGUUUGCUGCUGCAUCCAUUGCACGUGAAAAAGGCAUACUCACCACCCGUGAAAGGUUACGAUACACCGCUUCUACCGCGUCAUUGACAGCCCUCCUCUGUGCUUCAACCGCCUCUGCCGGAUUGGAACGCCAUCAGGCGGUUGAAGCACAGAGGAGGGUUGUCAAUGACGCGGUCGAAGCGGUGUACCGUAAACUUUCACGGGUGGUGAGUAGGCCUUUUUCACGUGCAAUGGAUGCAGCAGCAAACACACGGUCAACAACGGUUGUUGCAAAGGGAGUUGCCGACGACACUCUGAAAUCUGCAAAACUGGUGCGGAAAGCAAUGGCGAGGGCGGAGGCCGCGGUGGCCGGCGGCCGCGCAGAUGAGGUUGCAGUGGUGGCAGCAAAUCAGUCGGAUGACUAUUCACAGUUGGCAUGUGCGAAGAGCACGACAUUGGAGCAGGGUUCAGAUUUCCUUACGUUGUUGAUGUUCAAAGGCCGUGAGUAA